AUGGCGGCCGGGCGGCUCCUGGCUUGCGCGCUCGCGCGCUGCGGGCCCGUGGGGCGCUCCGGGCCGGCGCUGGCCACCUGCGGGGUCCGUGGCUUCGCCACCAGCGUUCCCGCCCGCGUCAAAUUCUACUCGACGGCCAAGGAGGCUGUGAAAGACAUCCCUGAGGGGGCGAAGGUCAUGGUCGGGGGCUUUGGGGUCUGCGGGAUUCCAGAGAACCUGCUGGCUGCGCUGAACAAGUGUGGAGUGAAGAACCUGACCGUGAUCAGCACCAACGCGGGCGUGGAAAACUUCGGGCUGAGCCACUUACUGGCCUCCAAGCAGAUCUCCCGCUUCAUCUGCUCUUACUUGGGGGACAACCACCUCUUCGAGCAGCAGUACCUGACAGGUGAGCUGGACCUGGAGCUGACGCCCCAGGGCACCCUGGCCGAGCGAAUCCGCGCUGGCGGCGCAGGGGUGCCGGCCUUCUACACGCGCACGGGCUACGGGACGCUGGUCCAGGAGGGAGGCGUGCCCAUCAGGUACUACAAGGACGGCCACCACGCCAUCCUUAGCAACCCGCGAGAGAUCAGGGAGUUCAACGGGCACCAUUAUCUUCUGGAGUACGCCAUCACGGCAGAUUUUGCUUUGGUGAAAGGCUGGAAGGCGGACCGGGCUGGAAACGUCAUUUUCAGGAAAAGCGCCAGGAAUUUCAACGUGCCCAUGUGCAAAGCUGCAGACGUCUCCGUGGUGGAGGUUGAGGAAAUUGUCGAUGUGGGGUCAUUUGCCCCAGAAGACAUCCAUAUUCCUCACAUUUUUGUAGAUCGCGUAAUAAAGGGGGAGAAGUAUGUGAAGAAAAUCGAGCACUUGACAUACUGGAAAGAGGACAAGGAGGACGCCUCCUGUAAAAGCAGUGUGAGGACACGGAUCAUCAGGCGCGCCGCUCUUGAAUUUGAGGAUGGCAUGUAUGCCAAUUUGGGCAUUGGCAUCCCUCUGCUGGCCAGCAGUUACAUUGACCCAAACAUGACUGUUCAUCUUCACAGUGAAAAUGGCAUCCUGGGCCUGGGUCCAUUUCCACGGAAAGAGGACGCGGAUGCAGAUCUCAUUAACGCGGGCAAGCAGACAGUCACCAUCUUGCCUGGGGGCUGCUUUGUCUCCAGCGACGACUCGUUCGCCAUAAUCCGAGGCGGGCACCUCAGCCUCACCAUGUUAGGUGCCAUGCAGGUUUCCAAAUACGGUGACCUGGCAAACUGGAUGAUUCCUGGAAAGAAGGUGAAAGGCAUGGGGGGUGCGAUGGAUUUGGUGGCCAACCCCAAGACCAGAGUGGUGAUCACCAUGGAGCACUGCACAAAGGACAACAAGCCCAAAAUCUUGGAGAAAUGUACAAUGCCCCUGACUGGGAAGAAGUGUGUGGACCGGAUCAUCACCGAAAAGGCCGUGUUUGACGUGCACAAGAAGAAAGGGCUGACGCUGAUUGAGCUCUGGGAGGGCUUGACAGUGGACGACAUCAAAAAGAGCACGGGGGCCGCCUUUGCGGUCUCACCCAACCUCAGACCCAUGCAGCAGGUGGCAGUCUAACGUGGGGCGGAAACCUUGGCCACAGAGCAUGUGAGCACCCUACGCUCAGAGGAGCCCUGGAAAGGGAGUCAGUGGUCACAUUUACAUAUUUCGCCAGGGGUUGGACUAGGUUUCUCCUGGCAGCUCAGACUUUCUACUGCCAGGUCGAUUUUGUUCUCUCAAAACGGAUGCAACUGUAAUUAAAAAAAAAAGGGAAACAGAAG